AGCGACGUGGGCCGCAUGGCGCAGCCCUCAAGCCCCGGCGGGGGGCCGCAGCUCGGCGCGACAGGGGACCCGCGCGACGCGCAGCUUGAAGAGAUCCUGCGGCUCUACAACCAGCUCAACGAGGAGCAGGCGUGGGCCGUGUGCUUCCAGUGCUGCGGCUCCCUGCGCGCCGGCCGCCGCCAGCCCCACCGCCGCGUGCGCUCGGCCGCGCAGAUCCGCGUCUGGAGGGACGGCGCCGUCACCCUGGCGCCCGCCGCGGACGAGGAGGGAGAGCCGCCCCCUGCCUCCGGUAAAUUGGGAUAUUCACAUUGUACAGAAACAGAGGUUAUCGAAUCCCUGGGAAUUAUUAUUUAUAAAGCACUGGACUAUGGCUUGAAGGAGAAUGAGGAGAGGGAGCUGAGCCCUCCUCUCGAGCAGCUCAUCGACCAAAUGGCCAAUACCGCGGAGGCGGAUGGAAGCAACGAUGAAGGGUACGGGGCAGCAGAUGAGGGCCCAGACGAGGAAGACGGAGAGAGGAGAAGCAGCGCGGCCAUUCGGUCCUAUCAAGAUGUCAUGAAGAUAUGUGCUGCUCAUCUCCCCACUGAGUCGGAGGCACCGAAUCAUUAUCAGGCAGUAUGUCGGGCACUGUUUGCAGAAACCAUGGAACUGCAUACGUUUCUGACCAAAAUUAAGAGUGCGAAGGAGAACCUUAAGAAGAUUCAAGAAAUGGAAAAGAGUGAUGACUGUAGCACAGAUCUGGAGGACCUGAAAAAUGCAGACUGGGCACGGUUCUGGGUACAGGUGAUGAGGGAUUUGCGCAAUGGGGUAAAACUUAAGAAAGUCCAACAGCGGCAGUACAACCCAUUGCCUAUUGAAUACCAGCUCACCCCGUAUGAGAUGCUCAUGGACGACAUUCGGUGCAAAAGAUACACCUUGAGAAAAGUAAUGGUAAAUGGUGACAUUCCCCCUCGGUUAAGAAAGAGUGCUCAUGAGAUCAUCCUUGACUUCAUCAGAUCAAGACCCCCUUUAAAUCCAGCUUCAGCCAGAAAACUGAAACCAACCCCACCACGGCCACGGAGCCUCCAUGAAAGAAUACUAGAAGAAAUUAAAGCAGAAAGAAAGCUUCGGCCUGUCUCACCAGAAGAAAUUAGACGGAGCAGACUAGAUGUUACUACACCAGAAUCUCCAAAGAAUGUGGGGAAAUCAUCUGUGGUGAAUGGAGACUUAACAUCUCAAACGAAAGAAAAUGGGCUGGGUGCUGCCCAGCUGGGGCCUGCACAGCCGAAGAGGCUCCUCAAAGCCCCGACGCUGGCUGAGCUGGACAGCUCUGACUCUGAGGAGGAAACUCUGCACAAGUCAACCAGCAGCAGCAGUGCAUCUCCCUCCCUCUAUGAGGACCCAGUACUGGAGGCCAUGUGCUCCAAGAAGAAGCCUCCAAAAUUCUUGCCCAUCUCAUCAACACCCCAGCCCGAGAGAAGGCAACCACCACAGAGGCGCCACUCCAUUGAGAAGGAAACUCCUACGAAUGUGAGGCAGUUUCUGCCCCCAUCCAGGCAGAGCUCACGUUCUCUUGUUCCUAGGAUAACCAGUGUAUGGCCAAGGACGCCUUUCCGACCACUUUUCUCUGCCAUACAAACAGCUUCUCUGCUGAGCUCUCAUCCUUUUGAAGCAGCCAUGUUUGGGGUAGCAGGGGCUAUGUAUUAUCUGUUUGAGAGAGCUUUUACCAGCAGGUGGAAACCCUCAAAGGAGGAAUUCUGCUACCCAGUGGAAUGCCUCGCUCUCACUGUGGAGGAAGUGAUGCACAUUCGUCAGGUCCUGGUGAAAGCGGAGCUGGAAAAGUACCAACAGUAUAAGGAUGUCUACACUGCCCUGAAAAAAGGAAAGCUCUGCUUCUGUUGCCGAACCCGGAGGUUUUCCUUCUUCACCUGGUCCUACACCUGUCAGUUCUGUAAGAGGCCCGUGUGCUCACAGUGUUGCAAAAAGAUGCGGCUGCCUUCCAAGCCAUACUCCACUUUACCUAUCUUCUCUUUGGGACCUUCUGCCUUGCAAAGAGGGGAAAGUUGUUCGAGGUCAGAAAAACCUUCUACUGGUCACCAUCGGCCGCUUCGAAGUAUUACCAGAUUCUCUUCAAAAUCAAAGUCUGUGGACAAAUCAGAUGAAGAACUCCAGUUUCCCAAAGAGUUCAUGGAAGAUUGGAGCACAAUGGAGGUGUGUGUAGACUGCAAAAAGUUCAUUUCAGAGAUCAUCAGCUCAAGCCGGCGCAGCCUGGUGUUGGCCAACAAAAGAGCCAGGUUGAAAAGGAAGACACAGUCUUUCUACAUGUCCUCAGCGGGCCCCUCGGAGUACUGCCCUUCAGAACGGACUAUCAACGAGAUCUGAGCCCUGUGCCUUCCCGUUCUUUGUGUCCAGAGGCGGGCAGUGCAGCAGGGCUGCAGGACUGACUCUUCCCAGGGGUUUACUUCCCAGGCUCCGUCGGCAGCAGGUCAGGCUUGGGCUGUACCAUGAGACACAGACUCAAGGCUGUAUUCCUAUCAGCUGAUGGUACGCGGCAGGUCAGCCACUUGUUCAUUUGCACUCAGAAAGCCUAAAACUUGAUUUUGUGUAUGUGAGUAGGGAAGCCAGAAACUUCCUUAGUUCGGUUCCUCAAUGUUCUUCGGAUAAUUUCCUGACUAAGGCAAAAAGCUUCUUGUGUGUGAAGUCAGUCUGCCGGAGUGUUGACGUUAGCACAGUUGUAAGCAGUAAGUCACACUGGCAUUCCACAUCACAGUGUUCCUAUCUCAUGCACAGACAGAGUGGCCCAAAGCCCUGCCACACACCGGCUCCCUGCGGGGGGGCAGGUUGGUUCAGUCUCACAGCACAAGUCUAGAAGGCCUUGAUGAUAAUUCUCUUUUGGGGCUCUGCUGCAUCCAGUGCAGAACAAUCACGUAAGCUGUACACCGCAUGGGUGGCCACUUCUCUGAGCUCAGGGUCUGCCCAGGCACAAGCCUCAGUGUUUCCUGAGCUGCUAACAGGCCUGUUGUGAAUGUAUUACGGUUUUGGAUAGUUUUAUAACACAUGUCUAAGAAUUAAGACUUUGUGGACGUUUGAGGAAAAAGGAAGACUACAGUUUUGUCAAGCAGCUGAGCAGGUGUGGUAACUGAUAGGCUAUAACAGCAGGGGUGCCAGCAGAAAGGAGCUGUGUCUCCUACCUUUUCACCUACAUUUUCCAUAACUUUAUAGUGUGGCCAUCGUGACUAAAUUAACCACAGUUUGGUACCUGAGUCUCAAACUGAAAUUUAUUUUUAUAAAUGAAUUUUAAAAGAAAAACCUUGGCUGUUUUAAAAUUUCAAGAAGAUUAAUCUGCUCCAUGCAUAAUCUUUUGAUGCUUUUUGCACUAGUUGUCUUGUAAAUGUCACUGAGUUUCUGAUGAAGGGUGACUGACAGGUAGUAUUGUGUGCCUGAAAUUCCUCAGCUCCUGUGACACAUACCAUGGCUGCCCCUCACUUCCACAAGCUUAGUUAGAAAUAACCAGUCAAUCAAAUCACCACUAAUGUUUGGAAAAUGACGUAAAGCACAUGCACAGUCUAACUCCUGAAAGCUAUAAAAACCCACCAUCGUAAUCACCACUGAUGACAGUUCUGUUUAAUAAAAGGCAUGACAGCUGCAUUUCAUACCAACAUCCAGACAGUAACAUUUCCCAUUAAAUUGACAGCAACACCUCAGAAAUGCUCCAACAGUCAUUUCUAAUGCACUGGAAUUUAUAGUUUAGUAAAUGGCUUUAAAUUCCUUAUACUGACGAAAUAAACCUUACCAGUUGACUGAUUUAAUGCAUGUUAGUAGUUCAUCUGUAUGCAUGUAGAAGUGGGCCGCCAGAAAACCCUCACAUUCCAGCUAUUUUUAAGACCAAGAGCUGUAAAAAUUGCAGUGUGUGAAUUCCGUUUCUACAGUUUUCCUGAAGACCACCAGAACUUUAGACUGCAGUUAGGUGGGACCACUGCUGCUAUGGCCCCAGGUCUGUAUUCUAGAAUGAUCUCCUGGAAGGAAGCAAGGAAGAAGGAGUAUACCUGUGUGGGUUUAUAAGCAUGCAUAUGGGGUAACAUGCUUCUGCAAAAUGGUGACUAGUUAGUGUCUGACUUCCCACGUGAGAUACGGAGCCCAGCUCCACAAGUGAAAAUUGUAUUCACAUUCACAACUCAGUGGCCCAGUCACUGUCACACAUUUGACCUUUGACCCCAUUCCUUCAGGCGCACAGCACUGUGCACAGUGUUUUGGACAUUACGGCCCCUUGUACCAGAAUAUCAGGAUAUAAAUUCUUCAGCACAUUAAUGGAUUUGCCAACUGUGUUAAGAGUUCAAGUAUAUGCCGUGCCCAGUAAACAACCUGCAGGGAAUAGUGGAAAAAAUGGCAGGUGGCAAGGUAGAAAUUACAGAAAUAAAAUUAACAUUGUUUGGGAGACACCAAAAAAAGAAAAUGUGCAUUUAACUGUGUCUUUUCUGUAAGACUGACUCUUCCCCUCAGCACUCAUACUAAGCUAGGGUUCCAUAGGCUAGGGCUUUGGCCAGAGAGCGGGUGCUGCCAGUGUGGCUUGCUUAAAGUCCUAGCUGACAACAGUUAGAGUUUCCUGCUCCUCCAGUAACCUUGUGCAGGGCCCCUUGUCCUGCUUCCCUGCUGUGUUGCUCUCUCCGUUCAACAGUUGUUUAUGGCUGACCCCAGAGUCCGAUGCCUCUCCUGGAUACAGCUGUACGUCGUUCCUGAGCCUCCAGGUGUGAGCACCAACCAGUGGUCCCAUGUCCCUGAGGUCGAGUAUGUCAAACUGCUGUACAUAUUGUAACAUACUCAUGAAUAUUUGAAAGGCAUUUUGUCAUUGGCAAUGGAAAUUAAUUCCCCCAAGAUAAGUAAAAAUUAAAUAAUUGAUUUGCACAUUGA